GCCCGGGCUGCCGUAUAAAGUCGGGGCCCCGUGGCGGCGGCGGCGGCGGCGGCGGCGCUCUCCGAGUCCGGGUCCUCGCGCCACCGCUCCGUGGGGAGAGCGCACCCCGCCGGCCUCACCGCGCGCUCCAAGGGCUUCCCGCCGGGACCAUGCGCGGCCGCGAGCUCCCUCUCGUCCUGCUGGCGCUGGUCCUCUGGCAGGCGCCCCGGGGGCCGGCCGCCCCGGUGUCGGCGGGCUCAGGGACCGUGCUGGACAAGAUGUACCCGCGCGGCAACCACUGGGCUGUGGGGCACUUAAUGGGGAAAAAGAGCACAGGAGAGUCCCCAUAUGUUUAUGAGGGAGCAAGCCUGAUGCAGCAGCUGCAAGAGUACAUGCAGUGGGAAGAAGCUGCAAGGAAUUUGCUAAGUCUCCUAGAAGCAAAGGGGACCAGAAGCCAUCAGUCACCUCCCCCAUCUGCUUGGGAUUACCAGGAUGACAGCAACUUUAAAAUCCUAGGUUCAAAACCUAAAGGUAUAACGUACCAGUUGGUGGACUCUCUGCUCCAGGUUCUCAACGAGAGGGAAGGAACCCCCAGCUGAACUAACCAGGACAACAGGCCUCUCUCAACGAAGCAAAGCAAAACCCUUAAGAGACUAUGUUCUACCGGCAUCAAUUCUACUGGAUCAUCAACAAGAUUUCCUUUGUGCAAAACACUUAACUAUUCUUGUAUCUUUCAACCUUAACUAAAUUCAUGAUUUUCAAGCAGCAUCUUCUGUUUUGAAUUUGUUUGCUGUGAAUAACUGUCCAUAAGGAGUCUUCCAAUUAAUGCUCUUUACAUCUAAGCUAUUUGUCAAUUACAUUCUAGUCCCCACCCUGUUACCAUUCACAAUAAAAAAACUUAAGCACAUUGUCCAAAGGGCAGGUAGUUCUCUUAUUUCAAUUCCAAGUGAAAGGAUGUGGCAGAGAUUAACAAACAGCUUGAUAAUGAGCUUGUGUGCUCACUGGUGAAGGCAGACUGGCUUUUUAAGUCUCCCUCCUGAAGGCCACUUACUGAAUCCUCGUAGUGACUUACAACUUUCUAGAGGCUUCAACUAGAAGCUCAUAUUCCCUUAUCCUUACCAUUGCAUGGGCCAGGCUGAAGGUAGAGGCUUAAUCUUCACUUAAUAAUUCCCAUUUCUUUAGCCCUUACCAUAGGUAUUUUGCUAAUGUUAUCAAUAACAGUUUUAUAAGCUGAGAAUGAGUCUUCUCACUUAAUAGAUGAAGAAACAGCAUUAGAGAGGUCAAGUGACUUGGCCAAGGUCAUAUAGUAGAUGGAACUGGGAUUCAGACAUCCAACGUCAUGAGAUGUUCUGUAGCAUUUAACGUUGUCCGUAUUACCUUGUUUUUAACCUCCCUUUCAGUAUAUUUAAGCCUAGCAAGUAGUGCUCUUUCUUCAAAAUCUCAUUGCCAAUCUGGGAGGAAAGUGGCCCCCACAGGCAGAUUUAGUCAGCUCCACAACAAAAGGAGAAACUGAAUUCGAGAGAUUCCCUUCCAUUUCCAGAGAACGUGGCCUGGUGGUUGGUAUCACUCACCGGUUCCAAAUUUAUCAUGACAUUCACACAUGAACAGAUUUUAAAGC